AUAGUCAGGCGCCAGAGAAUGAAUGGCCAUUAUUGUUCCAUUCAGACUUGAUGGUGUUUCAAACCCUGCUCCUGUCGACUAUGUCUAUUGUUGCCUUUGUCUGGCCAUCCAUUCACCCCGUCUUGCCCCCUAUUGCAAGAAUCCCCUUGAGAUGCAGGUCGGAUGAAUUGCGCUCCAUUGUGGAGCUUUGGGCUCCAUGAUUGCUUUUGUUCUUUCUUUUUAUCCUCGACCCGACCUCGUGGCUCUUUCUUUCUUUCGGUUCUUUCUCAGUACACGGUCCUGCUGGCCGGCCCUUGUGCUUUCACCUUCCUUUUGUCUAUUUGUUUACUCGGCGAAAAGUUUCUCAACACGAUUUCUUUCCUUUCUUGAACGAAUACCUCGGAGGUCAUAUUACCCAAAUUUGCAUGAUUGAGGAUUAAACAUCACCCCGCUUUCCAGUUGAAUUGCUGUGACUUUUCUUUUUUUUUUCUUAUCUUAUACUCAAGCCUCAAUAAUGAUGGCGUCUCUGAAAGAAUCCCUGGCUGGUCCAGGUUACGUGGUUUUGAAUGCGGUGCGGGUUCUGAAUAUAAUUGUCUUUCUGGACAUCAUUGCUGCCAAUGCAGUCAUGCUGGUGAAGAUCUCGCUGUUGAGCAGCUUUUUCUUUUUCGAGGCGGUCACCCACGCCAUGGUCGCUGGAGUCAGCAUCUUCCUAAUAAUCUCCGAGCUUCCCUUCUUCCGCGGCUACUUCGAUCGCAACUGGCCAUUGCUGGGCCAAGAGUCCGGAUUUAUUACACUGGCUAUAGUUAUGCUGAUGCUGGGGAUCAGCGUGUUGGGCGACCUUAACACGCCGGCCACCAGUCAGGAGGCUUUGGGGCUUGCGUUCUGGCGGAUAGUGAUCUCCGCGGGAAUCCUGGCCAUGGUUAUGAGCGUGGUAAACGUACUCUCGAGUUUCAUCUUUACGAACCGUGAUGCCGGUGUCAGCGCACGUCAUGUUCGGGUUUACGGGGCAGUUGCGCCACAGAAGGUCGUCACACGGAAUGGCAGUCAACGAUCCCUUCAGCUGGGCCUGAAACGGGAGGAUUCGCUGCCCACGUAUAGCUCGCAGUCCCCGGUGAGAAGGCAGUCCUCCAUGAGGAGCAUGCCUCGAUUCCCUCUGAAGAUCUCUCGUCCGGUGAACUUGAACGAUGCGGCGUCAUCCAAGUACUCCAGGGACUCGUCGGGCUCGCUCUUGAUCUUCUUUGCUCCCAUCUUGAUUCCCCGAGCCAUUAAUUACUACCGAAGUCUACGAGUUGCGCUUGCGUCACGUCCACAGCCCCGUCCUCUACCUGCCAAUGCCGGGCGUGCCCUGAAUGUCCUCUUCUUUGCGACCCUACUCUUCCUGCUUCUCAGUCUUCCGUUCAACCCCCAUGCACCCGGCGAGAGUGUCUUCGCCUUGACCCGCUCGCGCAUCAAUACCUCGACCGACGUCCUUUUCAGCCGACUCGCACGGUACCGGCCCGGCAACGCGCUGACAGAUGCCGACAUCCUUCUCCGGACCAAGUUCACGUCGGUGGGGGCCCGCAAAGUGUACCUACGCUUCGGGCCGGAGGUGCUGACCGGAUGCCAAUUUUGCUCACUGGAUAACAUGAACACCUACCUUCUUUACUACCUGCCGUUCAAUACGCUCCUCCCGCAUCUGCUGCACAUGGUCAUCGUGGGCGUGGUGACGUCGGCCCCGUUUGCCGGUCGCGAGGCCGCCAGCUGGCGGAAUAAGUUCACGGUAGCGGGACUGGCGCUGGCCGCGAUCGACCUGUACGUCGUUUGCACGCGGGAUCCGGUGCAGUCGGCGCCUGCCUCGGUGCGGGCGGGCAUCCACCCGCCAUCGAGCCUGUACCAUCAGAUCACCCUCUUGCGGCCGCUUGCCUUCGCCAUCUUCGACGGCAUCUGCGCGUUUCUGAUCUUCGUGACGGCCACCAACCGCUUCUUCUUCGCGCCGCCGUCCCAGGCCGACCAGGUGGAUCAGUUGGUGUCCAACUCGCUGUCGGCGCUGACCGGAGCCAGCGCGAAGCUGCAUGCCACGAGCGUGACCCGGAAUGCCGUGGUACGGGAUAAGGUGCUGAAGGACCGGGACGACACCUACUGGCGGACGGUGGUCGAGACGCAGGCGGACCCCAGCCGGAUCGGAAAUGGGGAUUCGACGAGCAUCUGGGAGGAAGAGGAAGUGGUUCGCGCCAUGUCGCAGGCGAUGGGCGGACAGGGGGGUGUCGAUUUGGCCAAGUUGGGAGUCAGUGCGGCGGAAUAUGUCAACGGAGUGACGACCGGGUUGGAUAGCAGUCCGAACGACGUGGAGUCACGCAGUACAUAGGAUGUAAGGCGAUAUGAAGAAAUAUAGAUCAGUGAUGAUGUAUUUG